GCCGCGCACACUCCGGCUCCGCGGGGGGUGGAGACCAUGGUUGGGGCGGCGGCGUCGUCCUGCCGCGGCUCCGCGGGAUAGCGCGGGACAGCGCCGCGCACCGCCCGCGGGCCGCCCCGCGUCGGCACGGGCUGCAGCGGCACGGCUUGUCUAAUACUACCAAAAUCGUAGACUGGUUGGUGCUUUCUCAUGGGAUCCCUGUGACUGACAAAGGAGAGAUUGUUGUGACUGCUCUGCAAUGACUACAGCAAGAUACAGGCCUACCUGGGACUUGGUACUUGACCCAUUAGUGUCCUGUAAGCUCUGCCUUGGUGAAUACCCUGUGGAACAGAUGACAACAAUAGCACAAUGCCAAUGCAUCUUCUGUACCCUGUGCCUAAAACAGUAUGUGGAACUUCUGAUCAAAGAAGGUCUAGAAACAGCAAUCAGCUGCCCUGAUGCUGCCUGCCCAAAGCGAGGUCAUCUCCAAGAAAAUGAGAUUGAGUGCAUGGUUGCAUCAGAAAUCAUGCAAAGGUAUAAGAAGCUACAGUUUGAAAGAGAAGUGCUUUUGGAUCCAUGCCGGACUUGGUGUCCAUCCUCUACGUGCCAGGCAGUUUGCCAGCUCCAGGAAUCAAGCCCACAGGACCCUCAGCUGGUCCAGUGCAAAGUGUGUGACAUUGAGUUCUGCUCUGCUUGCAAAUCUAAUUGGCAUCCAGGUCAAGGCUGUCAAGAAAGCAUGCCAAUCUCUUUUCUUCCAGGAGAAACAAGUUCAGUUUUCAAAGUGGAAGAUGAUGAUGCUCCGAUCAAACGCUGUCCAAAGUGUAAAGUUUACAUUGAACGAGAUGAAGGCUGUGCCCAAAUGAUGUGUAAGAAUUGCAAACAUGCCUUUUGCUGGUACUGUCUGGAAUCUCUUGAUGAUGAUUUUCUCCUUAUACAUUACGACAAAGGACCUUGUCGAAACAAGCUGGGGCACUCCAGGGCAUCUGUUAUCUGGCACAGGACACAGGUGGUAGGCAUUUUUGCAGGAUUUGGUCUUCUACUUUUGGUGGCCUCCCCUUUUCUUCUACUUGCUACACCAUUUGUUCUGUGCUGCAAGUGCAAAUGUAAUAAAGGAGAUGAUGACCCUCUACCUAGCUAGACUGAGGGAAGAUUGGACUCGUGACAACAUGUUUUGAUUUUACUGUUGCUGUUAUGUUUCUCUCUUGCACUUACAUUGCUGUAGCCUUACUUGCCCCAUUCUGCUUUUCGUUGACACAGUCUUGAUUCCAGGAGCUGUUGUUACUACUGUUCUGCAGAUCACUUGAUAACAGACAAGGAGGGUAAUAGAAGGCAAGUUUGGUGCUAAAGGGAGACCACAGACCUGGGUAGCUGUCUGAAAUUAAGAGGUGAUACUGCUAAAAAUAAUGCAAAAGGUUGGUGCUGCCCUGCUGGUGUACUGGGGACUGUAUUGAAUGACAUCAGCAAACUAAGCUGAAAAAGCCUACAAACUUCUGCAUAUCUGUUUGCUUCCAAAUUUGGCGUCUUAUUCCUGCAUAUGUUUGAGUUGACUAUCAUUUAAAUCAGACAGUCAACUUCGUGUGACUUUAUUACACAUCUGAUUUUGUUAAGGCCAUCACAAUGUCCUUUUUAGUACCUAUUUUUUUCCAAGUGUAACAAAAUUAGUAAGGUGCAUAUAGGCCAUCCUAUGCCUUUCUUAAAGUUUGGGGAGGAUCAGAGGGACAAAGUUAGUCCUGCUGCCUUCCAUGAAUUUUAUAAAGUCUUACAAAAAAUUUGUUUGAUUAAAAACUAUGUUUUAAAAUUAAUUGAUGAAGCUGUAAGGUUGAGUGGUGACACAAACCUAUUUAAUCAAGUUUCUUUUAAAAAUACAUUGAUGGUAUUGCUUACCCCUGGACCACUAGUGUUUUUCUGAAUUGUUAUUUUUUUGCUAUUGUUUAGGGUUCUGCUACACUUAUAGGGCUAUGUAACUUCUAAUCCAGGUAUCUUAAUCUUUUUAUAGAUACAUAGAUAGAUAUAUAUAUAUAUAUAUAAAAAAUCCUAUUUAAACCAAAUGUGUAAAUAGCUGUGCUAUUGAAAUAUUUUGGAAAUUCAGAAUAGCUUGCUUCUGUCUUUAGGACAAUUAAUAAAAAAUACAGGACUAACUGUACUGUUUAGCAGACUUUUGGGUUAUCAAUGAGUCUUUCCUUUUAAAUACAAAAAUACAUCAUGGUUAUCCCUGUAGUUAAUAUGAAAAUGCCUGGGAUAUUUGUGGAAGUUGUGCUUUGCAUUUAAACUACUUAGCCCAUUUUCAGAGAUAGUAUUGUAUGAUAUGUGGUGUAUUGUGCUAAUAACAAUACUGUGACAAAAUAAGUUUUUGUUUGAGAACUAAUCACUUGAUAGUUUUGCAGAAUUCAGUGCUCUGUUUUCAGGGUAGUAAAGUGUGCUAUUCAACGUACUGCAUCACUGAGGUUUCUCUUUAGAAAUAUUUUUUUGAAAACCAUUUUGCUCUAUUUUAAAGCCAACAAGAAUUUGACUAAUAACUUCUUGCCAUGAAAUGUGAAGCACCUGAAACAAUGUGUAUGUCUGUAAUACGAAGGAAAACAUACUUUUGAAUUGCUUGUGGACUGAAGUUCUACUGCAUUUUUUGUUCAUCAUUUAUUUCUGCCAUAAGUAAUGUACUGACGUGGAUGAAUAUCUUAAAACCAGGAUAAAUUUACACUGAAAAUAUCUUAAGAUACUUUAAUGCUUUUGCUUCUGGCUGCUGUCACAGGCUGGGAAUAUGUUUUCAUAGCUCAGCCAUCAAAAAAUUACUCUUGAUUGGCUUUUGGUUUACACUGUCUAUCUGUUAAAUAAAAAUAUUGUAGGGCACAGUUUUGAAAAGGUCAAUUUCUUUUUAUAAAACUGUUCUCCUCCCUUAUCUUCCAAGUUUAGUGCUAUCCAAAUUCAAACUGUAUCUAACUAACCAUAGGUUUUACCUCUAGGAGCGGGAGAUUGUCUGCAAUUCACUUACUUGGUUUGAUUUUAAUAAGUUUACCUUCUGUAAUGUGAAUAAAAGGACAGCUUGUUUCCAGCAAAUCUGAACGCAUGAUAUCUUCAGAUUGUUUAUGACAAUGCACAGUUCAGCUCUUUUGUUAUCUGAGUAUCUUUAGUAUUUUGACUAUCUUGGUUAUUAAAAAUUGCUUAAUUGUUCAAAAAUACCUGUAGGGAAAGCUGGUAGUGCAUUUGAUCCCUGUUUGCCAGCUUCCAGGGGUAUGUGAAGCACUGCUGAGUUCACACUGCUGAGUGUGAAGCAGGCAGGGAGGUGCUUCUCUCCCUCUGGCAUCAGCUCAGUCCAUUUCCCAGAGGGAUCCCAAGCCACGCCCCUGAGUUGUCCUGAGUCAUAGCUUCACUGUCCAGAAUUAGUUGAAACCCUUCUGCAAAGGACAGCUUCCUGAAGGUUAGCUUCAACUAUGACCUUUCCUCCCUGGCCUUGUACUCCUGCUUGGCUGGAGAAAAACCCCUGGACAAUAGGAUGUAAAGACUUCAUGGGCUAUUAAUUUUCUAGCUGGGGUGCUGAGGGGUUUUGCUGUAUUGUGGCUGUGACUGAUGACCAAUUCUCCUACUGGGAUCAUAGUAAACAGGAGAGAUUCACUGGCCUGUGAACAGUAUUGAGUGCCCUGGUAUGAGGAGGUUUAUUUUCUCUGUGCCUUUCUAGAGAAUUUAUGUCAAAAUACAGCAAAACUUGCCUUUUCCAAAGUGCUGUGCAGCCAGUUAAUAAUCCAUGUCAGAAUUAAUGCAUUUCCAGAUUUAAAAGAAAAAGAUAAAUAAGUUAUUUGCAAAUACAGAAAUUUUAAAAUGAUAAUUUAUAAUUGAUACUCACAGGUAACAUUAUAUGCAAUCAGAAAACUGUGUCAGUGUAUCUCGGAUCUCAACAUACUUGAAUUGCUACUGGUGAUUUUUAUGACACAGCUCAUUUCACAUCCCAGCAGUUGGAACAGACUAUAUGCCUACAUAUUUUUACCAAAUAGCCACCCAGUCUUUUCAGGUUUGUUAAAUGUCAUUCCAUCUGUAUUCUCGGGGAUUUUUUGCUUGUUUUUAUGGUCGUUAAUAUUAUUAUUAUUAUUAUUAUUAUUAUUAUUAUUAUUAUUAUUAUUAUUAUUAUUAUUAUGACUAUUAUUAUUUUUAAUGCUGAUUUGGUUCCAAAGUAGCAACUUGUGGUGGUGAUUUAUUAAGUUCAGGGUGCUUUUAUGUUACAGAUUAUGUUGAUACUGUGACAUUUAAUACCCCAAAACUCAAUUGUAAAUACAUAAUUUUAAACUCUGACAUUUAAACCCCCUGCCAUGGGAAAGGGAAUGUUUCUUUGUCUUUCAAAUGAAAAUCUGUUACAACAGUUAUGGCUUUUCGGAUUUGCACCAGAAAAAUAAGUAUCACGGCAUGAUUUCUACUGCAUUUUUAUGGUUAUGCUAUUAUUUUGGGGGUUUGUAUUCCCACAGAAUCAUAGAAUAUUCUGAUUUGAAAGGACCCACAAGGAUCAAGUCCAGCUCUUGAGUGAAUGGUGUGUUCAUAAAUGCUGUUUAAUGGAGUUUGUACUCGUGCAUCCUCUGCAUUUUCUUCUGGGGUAUCAUGUGGUGUCACAUCUAGGGAGUGUGGAGUCCCACUCCAGAGACUGCAUCUCCCUAGCCUUGCCAUUAGCUGGGCUGAAGCCAGUCCUGAGAGAGAUCAGGAGCACGGCCCACUUCAUCUUCAAUGGUGGUAGUGUUGGGUUUUCCCUGUGACAUUGGCAAAGUCACUUACUGCCUUUUAUCUCAGUUUGACCAUCUUUUAAGUGAAUGGACCAGUGCUUACCUCAGGAGAGCUGUUACGACACAUUCAUUGCUUUUGAAGCUCUUCAAAAGUUUGUGAAUGACGAACAAUUAUAUAUAAAAGAUUACUGUAGUUUUAUGUUAAUAUUUCAGUUUUAUUCAUGUUGGCACUCAUCCUGAAGCCUCCUACUACUGACUUUAGCAUGUCAAGAAUUUAGGCUACUUUCCCCCACAUACUAAGGAGCAUGAUCUUUCCUCAGAUACGCUGGUGCAUAAAUUAGGCAAAAUCCCAAAUAACAGCAGACUGAAUCAACGCUCAGUUUACAGCUGAGCUCCUGACAUGCAGAAAACCAUCAAAAUUAGUGAAUAGUUGUCAUUUAUGGAGCUGACAGAAUAAAAUACCCAUAGGUGAGAAAAAUACUAAGUGUUUUUUAAAAAAAAUUUUGUUACGGGCGGGAAGAUUAGAAUGAAGUUCUGUGCAUUUCAUCUGCAGACCUUUUACUGUAUAGGAAUAAAUAUUUUUAAUGCAGGCCAUUAUCAUUCCAGUGAGGUGCAGCAUGCAUAAACCUUUGUGUAGGUUUGCUUUUUUAAGACCAAAGUUUGUACAUUUCAUGUACAUAAUCUAAAAGCCUGAGGAAUACAAGUAAAUUACAGUUGUUGAUGACAGUGAUACUAAGGACAUCAAAAAAGCCUGCAUCAGCCCUUAAUUGCUAAUGCACUUGUACUAAGUAAGGCAUGCUGUUUGUGUUUAGAGCCCUGUGGUCUUCAUUAUUGCUUUGAUUUGUGUAUAUCUUACAAGAAUUCCGGGAACAUUAGGUACAGGUACAUGGUACAUAACUGAACCUUUCUUGAUCAUUUUAUUAUGAUGUAUUUUAAACUUGUAUAGGGAUAAGCAUGAAGGAGUCAUGCGUAUGUAUAAAUAAUGUAUUUGACCAGUGUAAAAAUAGUUCUGUUGAUGUAUUUGAACUGUAAGUGCAUUUUGUGCCACUAACACUGUGAUGUAUAAAGAAGCUGUUGAAUGCCUUUUAAUGUGGUGUUUUGUACUUUGAAUCAUAUUGGAGAGUUUAAUUUGUAAUUUCAAUAGAUAUUUUAAAUGAA